AUGACUGAAAAUUUUUGGUUAAUCUUUUGUUGUAUAUUGGACUGUGUACUAACAGUUAAUUUGUCAUUUAGCAAAUUUAGUAGAAAUGCGUGCACUUUUGUAAAUUUUCCGAUUUCCCCUACGCAUUACAUUAAUAACAUUGUUCGUAAUGAUUUAAGGGAUGAUGUACCCUUAGAUCAGCAAUUUGAUGAUUUUAAAAGCGAUAAUAAUGGAGAAUCUGAACCUUCAAAUGUCACUGAGGAUCAAUUCAAAGCGGCCGCUGCUUCAGCCGUACAAUUGUCUACAUUAGGCAUCGAUUGGAUCAAGGUUAUAGAGGGCCUCAAGGAGACAGACGACUGUGCUAUAAGCACUAAUACAUUAGCCUACAACGCUGCAAUAUCUUCUGCUGCCAAAAACUCAGAUUUUGAUAAAGCAAUACAACUGUUCAAUGAGGUGAAGAAAGAAGAUCCAGGAGCUAUUGACGUUGUUACGUAUAAAACAUUGAUACUGGCUUGUGAAUUGGCUGGUAAAUUUGAACAUGCCAUAGCUUUCUACAACGAUUUUUUACAAUCUGAUAUUAAACCGGAUUAUGGCCUCCUAACAUCAGUGCUACGCUGUUGUUCUCAACUUGGAUUUGAUGAAUUUGCCUGUAAUGCAUUCAGUGGUAUAAAAAAGUUGACAGAUCCCAAAAUUGCAGAUUAUGAAAAUGUAAUACAAGCUUGUAUUCUAUCUAAUGACACAAAUGGUGCCUUAAACUAUUUUAAUGAAUUAUCAAAGAUUGCAAUUGCUGGCGACCUAGUUAAAUCGACUUCCAAAUUGAUUCUACAUGGAUCAUUUAAUAUGAACGGUAAAUUGCUAGAUAGGAUAUGGGAGAUAAUUAAUGAAAAGGGAAUUAAUGUUGGCAAAAAAUCAUUCGCAGAUCUUCUACAAGGAUUGUAUAACUGCGGUAAAUUUGAUGUUAUGGAUUCUGUCUGGAAUAAAAUUUGUGAGCUUUAUGGAGAAGAAAGAGGGGAUAUCGCAUACCAAAUGAUGCUUAAAAGUCAUGCAGCCACAGGAGAUUGCUUAAGUGCUAGUAAACUGUUGGAUGAUAUGCAAAAUCUGUACCGUCAAGAUAUGAACGACAUAACAUUCUCUAGUGCCAUUGAAUCAUGUGUAGCUAGUGGUGAAUCUAAAUUGGCAAUUAACUUCCUAAGGAAAGGACAAUCAAUAGGUAUCGCAAUAAGUGUUAAGAUGCUAAAUGCAGUGUUUAGAGUGUGUGAGAGGAGCGAAAGUUGGAACGAUAUAACACUCAUUUAUGAACAGAAUGAGGCACUCAUGGCACAAGCUUCGGGUAGAGAAGUUCUGGAGGCCAAGAUAUACUAUUUGUUGGCAAAUUAUCAUCUAGAUAGAAAGGAUAGGCUAAAGGAUAUUAUUGGAGAUUUGUCUGAACUGCAAAAAUACAACUUCCCUUUUGCUGUGAAAGUCCAAAAAUUUAUACAACAAAAGUUGUCUGGUAAUGUAUAG